AUGGCUGGUUCAGUUCUCCAAUUGAAAUGUGAUUGCAAUAACUAUCCAUGGGGCAAAAAAGGGCGCCAAUCUCUUGCUGCUCGGCUGUGCGAGAAGACAUCUCCAGACUUUAAGAUUGACGAUGACAAGGAAUAUUCCGAGAUGUGGAUGGGCACCUAUCCAGUCAUCCCUUCCUACGUUAUGUCUACGGGUGAAAACCUGCAAGACGUGAUCAAUGCCACCGCGGAGAAGUUGGUAGGGAAGACAGUACUCGACAAGUUUGGCAAGGAUCUACCAUUUCUACCAAAGGUACACUACCAGCUCAUCUUCUACCUCCCAUUCACUGAACACAUGACUGCAUUGCAGGUUCUCUCCAUAGCCAAGGCGCUCCCUUUACAGAUUCAUCCUUCCAAACCUCUUUCAGAACAACUCCAUAAGAAGGACCCAGAGAAAUUCCCCGAUGAAAAUCACAAGCCUGAAAUAGCCGUCGCCCUCACCAACUUCGAAGUAUUCGUCAACUUCAAACCCCUAGCCGACAUCGAAUCCCUUCUAAACCUCGAACCGCUCACCCGGUUCCUCCCUUCCGACGCUAGCUCCUCCCUCACAAAGGAUGCCCUAAAACAAGUCUGCAAGACCAUGCUCUCCGCCUCCCCAGAAAUCGUCGCAGAUGUCCAAUCCUCCCUCUCCAAACUAUCCCGCUCCCAGCUCGGCUCUCAAGCCUACAUUCUCGACCUCCUCCCGCGCCUGCAGCAACAAUACACCCCAGAAGACAACGGCACCCUGAUCGCUCUGAUCUGCAUGAAUUACCUGCAACUGAAACCAGGACAAGCAAUCUACGUGCCCGCCGACGGCAUCCACGCCUACCUCUCCGGCGACAUCGUCGAAUGCAUGGCCCGCAGCAACAACGUCAUCAAUACCGGCUUCUGUCCGCGCGCGGACCGGGAUGACAUCGAUCUGUUCACCGAGGCGUUGACGUUCAACCCCCAGAGGGGCGAGGAGGCGUUGCUUGUGCCGCAGCAGAGUGAGCGGGGUAGGCAGGGGCGGACGAAGAUCUUUCAGCCGCCCAUGAGCGAGUUCGAUAUGCUCCUGACUGAGCUGGAAGCGGGUCAGGGGGAGACGGUUAGCGCGGUGGAGGGACCCAGUAUCAUGUUUGUUAUGAGCGGGAAGGGAACAAUGAAGGCGGAGGGUAAGACGCACGAGGUGGGCAUGGGACAUGUUUAUUUUGUGGGGAUGGGGGUGGAGUUGGAGUUUCAGACAAAUGAUCAGGACGGGCUGGUGGUUUACAGAGCUUUUGCCGAGUAA